ACCACUGUGACAAUACUGCAAAAACGAAACAGCUGUUCUGUUUCGUUUGUCAUCAUUUGAAGGACAUUUCAUAAAAACUAUCGAUUGUUUGAAACUAAAUGUAAAAUAAAAAUUCAAGUGAAAGUGAAGCUGUGAUGGAAGAGGAUUUUCAUGGGGGUCCCUCAAGGGAAAGUAUAUUAAUGCUAAUGGACAGGAGAAGCGCGAUUGAAAGAGAAAUAGAUGCAAUGAGACAAAUUCUACAGUCUAACAACAUUGACAUGAAGGAACCUCUUGUGGACGCUGAUGGCUUUCCUCGUCAAGAUAUAGAUGUCUAUCAAGUCAGGCUCGCACGUCAUCGCAUCAUCUGCCUGAUGAACGACCACAAGGCCCUGAUGCGGCAGAUAGAGCAGGGGCUGGUCACCAUCCACAGCCAGAUCAGGGAGUCUGGUGGGGCAGGCGUCUCCGCUGCACCCCGGCGACGGGAGAGCAGCACGCCCAUCGCCAGGGUGAACUUUGUGUCCCCGGACUCGCCGGCGGAGAGAGCAGGAUUGGUGGCAGAUGACCUGAUUGUGGAGUUCGGUUCGGUGAACUCGGAUAACAUCAAAACGCUGCAAGAUGUAGCAGCUGUGGUGAAACACUCGGUGGGGCGGAGCAUAAACUUACGGGUCCUUCGUGAGGACAGGCUGCUGUCUCUGACCUUGACCCCUGGCACUUGGUCGGGGCGUGGCCUCAUUGGCUGCAACAUCGUGCCUGUUGAUUUUGUAGAACGAUAACAUUGUGUGCUUCUGUGUUAAGGAAGAUACAUAAUAAGGGUAAAGCCAUCUUUGUAAAUCCAAGUUUUUUUUUCUUUAAAAAAUAAUAUUAAUACUGGUUAUCAUUAUAAAUUUAAAAGUGUAUUAUAUUCACCAGGUUGAUAAGGAAAUAAUUUAUUGAAAAUAUAUGACAGAAUAAGAUUUACCUCAUAAUUUCAUGUUAGGAUUAAUUAUCUGCCCAAACAGAGAACAUGGAUGCAAAAUGAGAAGUGAUCUAAUACUAAACAUGUGUACAUAUUAAAAAUAACUAAGCAUUUUAUCAUAAUUCUCAAAUGUUUCUAAUGUAACACAACAUAUUUUUAAUGAAAAAUAAAAAUAAAGUGUUUAUUGUA